CCCUCAUCCCCAUCCCCAUACCAGAAGUGUCCUGUUUGGUGUGGCAUGCUACGGGGUUACUAUGGAUUGGGAUAAACGAUAAAGUGAAGUAAUUCCACUCAGCAUCUUCCUGCGGAAUAAUUCCAGUGUAAAAAGACACGAUGGUGUAGGAAUAUGUUUUCCUUCCUGUCUUGGCAACUUGCUUGGCUGCUUGGCUACUUCACUUCUGAAAGUGAACGAAUCACCGUUGCAGAUGAGGGAGUAAGUAGCUGUCUUCGUAAGUCUGUCUGUGAUAGGGUUUGCCUUCUUGGGAGGAGUGCAUACUAUAGGUUACUACCCCGUCCCGUUAAUACACGGAAUAUAGACCGGGAUGAUGGUGAUGGUGAUGGGGGAUCGGCGAUGGCAAUUAAUCUUCUAUUAAGUACUAAGUAGCUAUGGAUCCUGUCAUGGUGGUUUGAUGCUGUCAUGUUGCAGAUGUGGUGCAGGGUGCAG